CGCGGGUGGAGAAAGCUUUCUUCUCACAGCAGCGGGGAUUUUCUGACUGCACACACCGGAUAUUCCCGACCGAUUUAAAAAAAAAAAAAAAAAAAAAAAAAAGAGAGAGAGAGAGAGAGAAAACAACAAAACGGUUGAAAGCGGCGAGAGAAGGACACUUUCCUGGGUCACUAUCCCCCUCCCUUCCCACCUCUCUCUUUUUUGGGGUUUUUCUUUUUUACGUUUUUCAGACAGCUUUUUUUUUUCCUCCCGUGGCGCACUCAGGUUCCUUCUGCUGACAUGGUAGAUUAUCACGCUGCCAAUAACCAACACUCGGCCGGCGGGGCGCAGACCUACAUGGAGCAGGAGAAUGACUGGGACCGGGACCUGCUGCUGGACCCGGCCUGGGAGAAACAGCAGAGGAAGACGUUCACGGCCUGGUGUAACUCCCACCUGCGGAAGGCCGGCACGCAGAUCGAAAACAUCGAGGAAGACUUCAGGGAUGGACUCAAACUCAUGCUGCUGCUCGAGGUCAUCUCAGGCGAACGGUUACCCAAGCCUGAGCGAGGCAAGAUGAGGGUCCACAAGAUCAACAAUGUCAACAAAGCGCUGGACUUCAUCGCCAGCAAGGGAGUCAAACUGGUCUCCAUCGGAGCAGAGGAAAUCGUGGACGGAAACGCCAAGAUGACCCUGGGAAUGAUCUGGACCAUCAUCCUCCGCUUCGCCAUCCAGGACAUCUCGGUAGAAGAGACCUCAGCUAAGGAAGGUCUUCUGUUGUGGUGCCAGAGGAAGACUGCUCCCUACAAGAAUGUCAACGUGCAGAACUUCCACAUCAGCUGGAAGGACGGUCUUGCCUUCAAUGCUCUCAUCCACAGACACAGACCUGAGCUCAUCGACUACGACAAGCUCAGAAAGGAUGACCCCGUGACCAACCUGAACAAUGCCUUCGAGGUGGCUGAGAAGUACCUGGACAUCCCCAAAAUGUUGGACGCAGAAGACAUCGUGGGUACGCUGAGGCCGGAUGAGAAGGCCAUAAUGACCUAUGUAUCCUGCUUCUAUCACGCCUUCUCUGGCGCUCAGAAGGCUGAGACAGCUGCCAAUCGUAUCUGCAAGGUGCUGGCUGUCAACCAAGAGAAUGAGCAUCUGAUGGAGGACUACGAGAAACUGGCCAGUGAUCUGCUGGAGUGGAUCCGUCGCACCAUCCCCUGGCUGGAGAACCGAGCCCCGGAGAAAACCAUGGCCGAGAUGCAGCAGAAACUGGAGGACUUCAGAGACUACCGCCGCGUCCACAAACCACCCAAGGUCCAGGAGAAAUGUCAGCUGGAGAUCAACUUCAACACCCUGCAGACAAAACUGAGACUCAGCAACAGACCUGCCUUCAUGCCCUCCGAGGGACGCAUGGUGUCUGACAUCAACGGGGCGUGGCACGCUCUGGAGGGAGCCGAGAAGGGCUACGAGGAGUGGCUGCUCAACGAGAUCCGACGUCUGGAGAGACUCGAUCACCUGGCCGAGAAGUUCCGCCAGAAGGCCGCCAUCCACGAAUCCUGGACCGACGGUAAGGAGGCCAUGCUCACCCAGAAAGACUACGAGACCGCCUCUCUGUCAGAGGUCAAGGCGUUGCUACGGAAACAUGAGGCCUUCGAGAGCGACCUGGCGGCCCAUCAGGACCGAGUGGAGCAGAUUGCCGCCAUCGCGCAGGAACUCAACGAGCUGGACUAUUACGACUCUCCCAGCGUGAACGCUCGCUGCCAGAAUAUCUGCCAGCAGUGGGACGUCCUGGGCUCUCUCACCCAGAGCCGCAAGGAGUCACUGGAGAGGACAGAGAAGCAGCUGGAGUCGAUAGAUGAGCUGUACCUGGAGUACGCCAAGAGGGCGGCACCCUUCAACAACUGGAUAGAGGGAGCCAUGGAGGACCUGCAGGACAUGUUCAUCGUCCACAACAUCGAGGAGAUCCAGGGUCUGAUCACAGCCCACGAGCAGUUUAAGUCGACCCUGCCAGAGGCCAACAAGGAGCGCAAGGCCAUCCAGGACAUCCAGGCUGAGGUGCAGAAGAUCGCCCAGUACAACGGCAUCAAGCUGUCAGGAACCAACCCCUACACCACCAUCACCCCCGAGAGCAUCGACAGCAAGUGGGAACAGGCCCAGUUGCUGGUGCCGCAGCGUGACCAGGCCCUGCAGGAGGAGCUGUCCAAGCAGCAGUCCAACGACCAUCUGAGACGCAAGUUUGCCACCCAGGCCAACAUCGUCGGGCCCUGGAUACAGACCAAGAUGGAGGAGAUUGGCAGGAUAUCCAUCGAGAUGAACGGCACCCUGGAGGACCAGCUGACCAACCUGAGGGAGUACGAGCAGAGCAUCAUCGACUACAAGCCCAACAUCGACCAGCUGGAGGGAGACCACCAGCUCAUCCAGGAGGCACUCAUCUUCGACAACAAAUACACCGCCUACACCAUGGAGCACCUCCGUGUCGGCUGGGAGCAGCUGCUCACCACCAUCGCCAGGACCAUCAACGAGAUCGAGAACCAGAUCCUGACGCGUGAUGCCAAGGGCAUCAGCCAGGAGCAGCUGCACGAGUACCGCGCCUCCUUCAACCACUUCGACAAGACCUUAGGAGAUGGUGAGAGAGGAGCCAAGCGUGACCACAGCGGGGCGCUGAUGGCCGAGGAGUUCAAGGCCUGUUUGAUCAGUCUGGGCUACGAUGUGGAGAACGACAAGCAGGGCGACGCUGAGUUUGCUCGCAUCAUGGGAAUAGUGGACCCCAACAACAGCGGAGCCGUCACCUUCCAGGCCUUCAUCGACUUCAUGUCCCGGGAGACGACCGACACCGACACCGCCGACCAGGUCAUCGCCUCCUUCAAGAUCCUGGCCGGGGACAAGAACUUCAUCACAGCCGAGGAGCUGAGGCGGGAGCUUCCCCCCGACCAGGCAGAGUACUGCAUCGCCCGCAUGGCGCCCUACACGGGGCCCGACGGUGCCCCCGGGGCCCUUGACUACAUGUCCUUCUCCACCGCCCUGUACGGCGAGAGCGACCUGUAGACGAGGAGGAGGAGAAGAAGAGGAUGGAUGGAUGGACGGGGGAGGGAGGGAGGGAGGAGCGAAGGAGGGGAAGGAGGUAGAGAGCUGUGAUUGACUGUUGCGUAGAAAUGGGAGGGGCUUCCAACUCAGCCCGCUGGGCUGCGGGGUUGCCGCUGCGUGUGCCCGUUUAGAAAUCACCCGAAAUUCUUUUGACUCCUCUUGUUUAUUGAUUGAAUUCUAGUUAUUUUUUGGCUCCUGCCGGUCAUUUUCGAGCUCUGUUUGAUCUCAGAUCAGCUGUAAUCGACGUUCAGGUUGUCGCUGACGUGUUGGAGCGGGCACAUCCAGGGGCAGCCGCGGGACAGCGGGGGAGGUUGCUCUGUAGUGCGGGUCCUUAGCUUCACCCUCUCUGCCUUUGGGGAUCAAAUAGACGCGGGACAGGGUAGGAAGUCUGGGGUGGGAGGGGAUAUGGGGGCACAAGCUAAUCUGAUACUUAUGCUAAUUUUUUUGUUUAUUUUAUUAUUUUUGUUUUUCUUCUUGCCAGGGGAUUUUGGGGGCGUUGAGCGCGCGGGAGGGCGGUGUUAGAUUUGACGUGUCGACUGGCGAGGUUUGUGUAUUAGAACCCAGAGAGAUUUAUGAUGUGGGGUCAGGACGGGGCGGGGUGGGGCGGGGCGGGGCGGGGCGAUCAACCAGAGAUACAAUGACAUAUUUACCCAUAAUUCCCAUGUUGCUGGAUAAGGUGAACUCUGACCUAUCUAACCUCAGCUCUUUUCCUCUUCCUGUUUUUGUUUAUUUUUUAAGAUUUUGUUGUUUAUUUCCUGGAGCAGGCGGGCGAUAGGGUUAGGGGAGGGGGGUUGGGUGGGAGUGAAGGGGGGGUCUCAGCGCUGUACAUACUUAUUUUUCCAGUGCGACGAAACGACACACACGCACAGUGUCCCAGUUAUUGCGAAUCAUCGAUCGCAGGCUCUCCAGUAGGACAAAGUAGAACGGCAUUUAUUAUUAAAUAAAUAAAUAAAAAAAACAAGAAAAAACAAAAACACAGAAAUUGAAAAGCCAAUGAUAGCAACACAGAGAGUGCAGUUUCACCAGUAGAUGGGUUUGAGCUUCCGAAAGUCGGCAUUCGGGACUUUUUCUUUGGGUAUUUUUUUCUUUUUUUUUUUUCUGUUUUUAGCAAUGAAAAAAAAAAACAACAACUCUGAAAGCUCAAGCUGACAAAUUGAACGUGGUAACCGUUUAGUUGAGGCUCGCGUACCUAAAGGCCUUCCUCCUGUGUAAAAACCAUGACAGACGCCACCGUCACGAUCACAACAUUCAUAAAUAUCUGCUUCUGUGAAACUAUAUCUUCCUCUGGUGGGCAUCAGGUGCUUAUUUAAAUAAAUAAAUCAUAAUAAAAAAAAAAACAAUUAUACAUUUAUAUCAUAGCUAAGACUGCAGUAAGUCCAUUUUUAUAUACCACAUAUCGCACAUAACCAUGCCAAGCAGUCAUGGAUGCAUUUAAUUGGCCGAAUGAAGGUUCUCGCACUUCCUGGAUUGAAGGGUUACCAUAGCGACGGUGCUUCUGAGGGCUCCCCACGUGACUGUUGGGGAAAAAAAUAUGGUGGAAGUAAAAAAAAAAAAAAAACAAACAAAAAAAAGAAAGUACCAAUAAAUGUGCCUGUUGGUGGCUACAGCUCUGUCUCUCUCUCCGCUCUCUCUCUCCUUACCUUUCUCUUGCUCUCUCGCCCCUUCUCGCUCUCCUCCUCAUCCCUCCAUCCCCUCACUUGCCUCCCUGAAUUUGGGAAAGGGAUGGAAAAAUGGGAAAAUAUACUGUAAAGAGGGAGGAGGUGGCGUCUUUAUUAACAUUCCAUUAUGUACAAAAAAUAAAUGGAUAAAAAAAAAACAAAUUCCUGUCUACAAAUCUAUGCAAUCAUCUUGUGUUCAGUAUCCAAGUUGUGGGAGUAGCUGUGGGAAACGAUCAGGCCAUUUUUUGAGAAAAUUCCUUGUCUAAAUUAAACAGGAUAACAGAUUUUCUUCCUGGAGAGAGAGAGGGAGGGAGGGAUGGGGAAGGAACUGAGAAGACUUGGACCAAAAGCUUGUGUUUUUUUUUUUCCUCCCCCCUUCUUCCCCUGCGAGGUUGGAGAGAAAUGAACUCUGGAAUUGUGAUUUUUUUUCUUCUUUUUUUGUACUCUUUAAUAUCAAACCUUAUCUGCUGUACUGGAAACUGCAACGCCUUCUGUCUCUAAUGAUAAGUGAGUUUCACAAGCACACAUAAAGUUUCCUUA